GUGUUCAUUCAAGCAUGUCAAUAUCUCUGCCUUCUUUAAAGAAGUUUCACGGAAAAAGUGUUUUAUUUCAAAGAUUGUUUAUAUUUGUAAAAAAUAUAAGUGUCAAAGAUAUGUCUGGAAUCGAUGCGGGUAAAAAGGCGGCUGCCAUAGCCGCUGUCAACAAUCACAUCAAGGAUCAACAGAUUGUGGGUAUCGGUAGUGGAACAACAGUUGUCAGUGCAGUACAGAGAAUAGUGGAACGAGUGAAGGCAGAAAACCUGAAGCUCAUAUGCAUUCCAACAUCAUUCCAGGCAAAGCAGCUAAUAGUUGACAAUAACCUCACUCUUGGAACAUUGGAGCAGUACCCUGAGUUGGAUGUGGCAAUUGACGGGGCAGAUGAGGUUGAUUCAAACCUCGUGUGCAUUAAGGGUGGAGGUGGCUGCUUGACGCAGGAGAAAAUAGUGGCCAGCUGUGCUAAGGAAUUCAUCGUUAUUGCUGAUGAAAGGAAGGAUGUGGCUGCCCUUGGAACAACUUGGAAGAAAGGCGUACCUCUGGAGGUUGUGGAUUUAGCUUACCGACCAGUACAGAUACACAUUGAGCGUCUCUUAGGAGGAUCAGCCAAGCUGCGCCUGGCUACACAGAAAAUGGGUCCAGUAGUGACGGACAAUGGAAACUUCAUCAUAGACUGGGUGUUUGACAGGCCCGGGGACUGGAACCAGAUCAACACCACUCUCAAAAUGAUCCCCGGUGUGGUAGAGACAGGCCUAUUUGUGAACAUGGCAAAGAAAGCCUACUUCGGGAAGGCAGAUGGUUCUGUACAAGUUCGGGAGCCACAAGUUCAGAACAAUGUCUGAUGAUUAUCUUGUCUUGAAAAAACAUAUUUGAAUUAACAGCGAUCUGAUUUGUCCACUGCUUUUCUUGAACUUCAGUACAUUGCCGGUGAUUUAGUGAUUGCUACAGAUUUAGAUUUUGUGUUUUUAUCGUAGUUAUAGUUGAUAUCAUCUCAGAUAAGCAGUGACUGUUAACUUAAUAUUCUAGCUAGUACUAACAAUUGUAUUGGAUAUAUUUCAAUGAAUUUACUCAGAAAUGUGAAGCGAAAGUUAUAUGAAAGAACGUACCUUAAAAAAGUAACAAUAUAUGAGCCGCGUUGCGCGAUUUAGGACAUAUAUUUGCUAUUACAAUGUUUUAAGGUAUUUGAAUGAAAUUAUAUUUCAGGAGGAUAUUCUGAAAAUUUCAUGAUGAUAUCACUUAAAUUGCGUAAAAUACGUGCUUACAAGUAAGACCAUGUAUUGCACAUUUUGAAUACUAAAUUUGACGUCAUUCAAAUGAAGUCGUUACGAAAGCACAUGAUUCAAAUGACGUGCAAAAUUAACGUAUCAAUAUCACAUUUAGCUUAUAAUUUAAAUUCUUUUCUUAUCAUAGAAUCUUCAAUGACCAUAAAUUAAGAUAAAAAUAAUGAAUCAGUUUUGUAUUUUUAAUACAUUUGACAGUUUUAAACACAGACUAUUAAUGCAGACAAAAUAUGUCGGGACGAAAUCCAUGGUUGCUAUGGAAACAUGUGUAAACCAAUGGUCAUAAAUUGUCAAGAAAAUGACGCACCAAAUGACAAACCUUAAAAAGAAAGAAGUUUGGAAGAAAUUGAUUAACAUAGAAAAAUAAUUAUUUUUGGCAUUUUUUAUUAAUGAUUAUUUCAUUUGUAAUUUUAAUGUCCGAAGCCCCAAAAUCGCGCGAUGCGGCUCAUAUGUUAAAUGUUAUCCAAAUUGUUUGUGUGUUUGUAUCAAUGUUUGAUUUGCCAAUAAUAAGGUCAUUUUCUCUGAUAAUCAUGUUUUAAUUGAGAGUUGAUAUGCUAGAGUUCCUCCACUAUUGAAGCAUUGCCAUCCCCAUUGUGUCAGUAUUUGAAAUGCAUUUUUCACAAGAUCUUACCAAAUAAUCCAGAUCUUCAUAGGAAUCAUGUAAUGAUGUUGUCGAUCAUCGUCACACUUUCAUUCUCUUUCUUUUAAAAUAUUUCUUCUCCAAUCUUGACAAAACUAGGCAGCAAUGCUUAUUGGUCUGAAAUCUUGGCUUAUUUUUAUUACCAGCCAGAUUGCCUUUGUCACUCUUAUGGUAUGGCUCCUGAAUUUUCAAGAGGAUUGACCUCCUGAUAUGUGACACAUGUGAGUCGCAAUAUUCUUGUUGGUUAAGCAAAUAAUUUUUGAAACAGAAAAGAUGUACAAUAUUCUUCGCUUAACAAUGGAAUACUAACAAUUGGCGGGAGCUUGGUGACCUACUUUCUGAUACAUAGGUACCAGUAGCGAGUACUCAGGAUCGUUGUGGUUUGUUGCUGCUUUUUUUUUUUUCAAUGAAAGAUAAAAAAUAAUAUAUGUUUGUAUGGAAUUAAAAAAAAUGUCAAAACAACACCAAUUAAAAACAAGUUGCCCUUGUUGUUGCAGGAGUGUUAGUUUAUGAAAAUGGAAAAAAUAGUACAGAUUAGUACAGAUAAGAUCAUGUUAGUUUAACUAUCUCAUACCUCUUCAGCUGUAAAUUUUGUUUGUGGUGCUGUUUGGGACUUUUUAUUAGAGUUUGAUUCUACCUCUUGCAUGAUAGAAUUUCAUUGUUUUCCAAGCUAUUUUACAUUUUAGGUUGUGUUCAUUAUUUGUGUUCAAUAUUUGCUAUUUGCUAGCCUUUGCCUCUUACUAUGUCACUGUGCUUCUGUCUUUUCAAUGAUGCAUGAAAAGUGCAAGACAUAUUGUUUUGUUAAAAUUGUUUUCUUUUCAGAAUAAAAUGAAUUCU